CCCUUGAAUGGGGGAAGAAGUCUUGAAGGAUUAAGUGGCCUACUCUUGCUUCUAGUUUGUAUGUUCAUUCUUCCUGCUCUAAUGUAGCACCUUUGCCUCUCUUGCAGCCUGUAUUUCUGGUCCUGAUGGACUUCCCUGCGAUGUGGGGUGUGUUGUCAGGGGUCGCGAUGGAGCUACAAGACUGUGCUUUCGAGCUCCUUCAAGGAGUGACUGUGACAGACCGUGAUGAAGUGGCCUUCAGAGAUGUGGAUGUUGCUGUUCUGCUUGGAGCAAUGCCCAAGGCACAGGGCGUGGAGAACAACGACCAGUUCAAGUACAAUGUUCAGAUAUUGAGGUCCCAGGGGAAGGCUUUAGACACAUACGCCAAGAAGACAGUCAAGGUUCUGGUGGUAGGCAGCUCUGCCAACACCAAAUGCCUCGUCGCCAUGAUGUCGGCACCCUCCAUCCCACCAGCGAAUUUCUCGUGCCUGACGCGACUGGGCCAGAACCGAGCUCAGGCCCGGCUGGCCCUCGCCCUGGGGACCGGCUCAGGAGCCGUGCGGAACGUGAUCGUCUGGGGCAACCCUUCAGGCACGCAGCACCCCGACAUCGAGCACGCCACGGUCACAUGUGACUCCCAUCCGGUCAGGCUGCAGCAAGCCGAGAGGCUGCCUGGAGACUCCAUCACGGUGAGGCACUUGUCGGUGGAGCAGGCUGCCCAGCAGCGAGGGGAAACUGUGAUGGGCUGUGCCAUGUCGGUUGCCAGUGCCAUUUGUGACCAUCUGCGGGCACUGUGGUCUGGGACACAGGAGGGCGAGUUGGUGUCAAUGGGAGUCCUCUCUAAUGGAAAUUCCUAUGGAGUUCCUGAGCAGCUUAUUUAUUCUUUUCCAGUAUCUGUAAAGGAUGGAAAUUGGCAGAUCGUGCACGGCCUGAGGGUUUCUGAUGACUCCUGGUUAAUGAUGGCCCAGUCAGCUCAGGAGCUGCUCAAGGAGCGGGAGAGAGCCGUGAGAGCACUGGCGAGGAGUAACCUCUGAGGGCUUCAUUCUGGGACCCAACAGAUUGAUCGGAGAUUCAGAGGCAAGCUGAAGGAUGAGUACACUGAUGGGAGACACUGCCAUUCUGUUCACAUCCCCCACCCACCCUGACAUCUGAACAUUUGGUUUUAUUCACUCGUGGGACAUCGCUGGCCAGUCAGCAUUUGCUAUCCGCCCCUAGUUGUCCUGGGGAAGGUGGUGGUGAGCUGCCUUCUUGAACUGGUGCAGAUAGACCCACAGUGACAUGACACCUGAAACAGCCCAAUAUGAAUCACCAUGAUAUUCAGUCCAAAGGCAUUGCACCAAACUGUGGAACUGUGCAGGUUAAUGUUCCCCAGGACAGUCUGGGCAAGUGCACCAGGAGCUAUCCUUGCUGUAGUGACCAUGUUCCAACAGCACAAUGAGCUGCUACACAACAGAUGAUUAGGAUCAAUUAAGACUCUGGAAAGAUGCAGAUGCAUUCCUCCUCCUCCACCCCUCCUUACCCCAUUCCACACUUGCACACACACACAUACACAUUCUCUUACAUACAUGCACGCACGCACGCACACAUUGAAUCAUACACACACGCAUGUUCGCGCGCGCGCACACACACACACACACACACACACACACACACACACGUCAUCGAGUCAUAAAACACAGAACCAGACCCUUCGGUCCAACUUGUCUGUGCUGACCAAGUUUCCGAAACUAAACUAGUCCCACUUGCCUGCGUUUGGCCCAUAUCCCUCUCAACCUUUCCUAUUCAUGUACCAAAUACCUAUUAAAUGUUGUAAUUGUCCCUGCCACUUCCUCUGGCAGUUCAUUCCAGACAUGUACCACCCUCUGCGUAAACUAGUUGCCCCUCAAGUCCAUUUUAAAUCUUUCUCCCUCUCACCUUAAACCUUUGCCCCUCAAGUUUUGAAUUCCCCUUACCCCGGGGAAAAGACUUUUUUUAUUCAUCUUAUCUAUGCCCCUUGUGAUUUUGUAAACCUCUACAAGGUCACCUCUCAAUCUCUGAUGGUUCAGGGAAAAGAGUCCCAGGCAAUCCAGCCGCUCCUUAUAACUCAAACCUCCCAGUCUCAGUAGCAUCCUGGUAAAUCAUCUUACCAAACCUGGGUUCCUGCCCAAAAAGUGUCUCUGUCCCUUCCCAGCUGCCACUCGCCAGUCCAAUGCACAGCCUGGUUCAGUGCAUGCCUUGCUCCGUUGGGAGUUUUACAGCCAUCUUACAGGACUCAGUCUAACAGGGUCAAAUUGUGUUGUGAGAUGCUGCUGAGCCACUGCCAGUCCAGGUCACCAGUGAUUUGGGAGCCUGUUUGCUGCUUGUCAGUGCCGUAAUAAAAGACUGUCCACCCCGCAA